AUGUUGGCCACGCCAGAGACCAUGGCACAGCCCCUCAGCAGCAGAGAGGGGCUCCGUGCUUCCCUGCAGUUCAUCACCGGUGUAGGAGAUGCCUGCAGGCCAGCAGCCCAGGACUGCCGCCUGUGCCACCGGAGCCGGGCAGGGCCGUACGGGCCAGAGGGGCCGGGGCAGCGGCUUCAGCGCCGCCGGGGCAGGUGGCAGGAGGAGAGCGGGGAGCGCAGCGCCCGGCCCGACUCCAGCUCCCCGCCUCCGGCCCGCGCUGCCCGCCGCGGGGGGGCUGUUGGUGAUGGUGGAGGGGGUCUCUAUAUAAGCGGCUGCAAUGGCUCUGGCGGCAAAGCCGGGCGGCGCGGCGGGGAGGCGGCGGCCGGGACCAUGGCGAGGGGCGGCGGGCAGGACCUGCCCUCCCUGCUGCUGUUCCACCUCCUGCUGCUGUGCGAGGCGAGUGGGGGGCGCCCGGCGGGGCUGGCGCGCGUGGGGAACCGGCGGCCAGGCGGGGCCCAUCACCUGACCGUCGGGGCCGCUUUCUCCCCGCAGGUGAGCGGCCGGGAGCCGGCGUGUCCCCGGCCCUGCGGCGGGCGCUGCCCGUCCGAGCAGCCGCGCUGCGCCCCGGGGGUGCCCGCCGUGCUGGACGGCUGCUCCUGCUGCCUGGUGUGCGCCCGGCAGCGCGGCGAGAGCUGCUCCCCAAUGCUGCCCUGCGACGAGAGCAGCGGGCUCUACUGCGACCGCGGCCCCGAGGACAGCGACGGGAGCGACGGUAUCUGCAUGGUGCUGGAGGGGGACAACUGCGUUUUUGAUGGGGUGAUUUAUCGCAACGGGGAAACGUUCCAGCCCAGCUGCAAGUACCAGUGCACCUGCCGCGACGGACAGAUCGGCUGCCUGCCCCGCUGUAACCUCGACCUCCUGCUACCCGGCCCCGAUUGCCCUUUCCCAAGGAAAAUCGAAGUCCCUGGAGAGUGCUGUGAGAAGUGGAUCUGCGAUCCUAAGGAUGAAGUGAUUUUGGGAGGUUUUGCUAUGGCUGCCUACAGACAAGAGGCCACACUUGGGAUUGAUGUGUCAGAUUCAAGUGCCAAUUGUAUUGAGCAGACAACAGAAUGGAGUGCUUGUUCCAGAAGUUGUGGAAUGGGCUUUUCAACCCGUGUCACCAACAGAAAUCAACAGUGUGAGAUGGUGAAACAGACACGACUUUGCAUGAUAAGACCUUGUGAAAACGAGGAGCCAACUGAUAAGAAAGGGAAGAAAUGUAUCCGAACAAAGAAGUCCCUGGAAGCUGUUCACUUCGAAUACAAGAACUGCACCAGCGUGCAAGCUUACAAACCUCGCUACUGUGGCCUCUGCAGUGAUGGGAGGUGCUGUACCCCACAUAACACCAAAACAAUACAGGUUGAGUUCCGCUGUCCACAGGGCAAAGUCCUAAAAAAACCCAUGAUGUUGAUCAACACCUGUGUCUGUCAUGCUAACUGUCCUCAGAGUAGCAAUGCUUUCUUCCAGCCAGUAGAUACGACAUCCCGCGAGGCAAAAAUAUGAAAAGCGUAUGUUAGGUAGCACAAAAGGUAUAAAUAGUUUAUAUAAAACUUGACCCACAAUCAGGUGAAUGUAACAGUUGUGUAAGUAAUCUAAGAUUUUUUUUUCAAUUCUUUUCGCUUUCUUUUUCCCUGUAGUUUAUUAAAUACCUCAUUUUACUUUUUCCCCCUCCAAAUGUCUUUUACUCACUUGGAGGAACUUUUGUACUUUGGACAGAGCUUUUCUUUCUUGACGAUGGCAUAAAGAUUGCAAGGAACAGACAUUUUUUAAUCCUUGAGUUAGGAUCAUGCCACAAGCUUUUUAAGAGUGAAUGUAUUCCUUGGGGAAUGCAUGAUACCGUAUCACAGAAACUUCCAGGUUCUUAACUUCACUUUGUAUAAUGCAUAUAAACACUGAAGCAGUGUUCUUUCUCAAUUCUAUUAAAACUCUGUUUCUGAUGACAGUAAAAAUGUUACUGUUUAAAGUGUUGCAUUCUUGUGUCAUAUAAAAUACCCUCUCUCUGUACUUCUGUCUUCAAGGAUUAAAUUUGCACUGGUGAAAUGAUAUAGCUAAGAUCUCUUGUCCUGAACCAGACUGGUAGCUGACAGCAAUUAGAUUUCUCAUUGGUAACUUCACUAGCAGUCUAAUACAAAGCCCAUGAAGUCAGAGUCUUAGGAGAACUUCGUUCUAACCAGUGUGUGUCUGUAGAACUACUUGGAUGCACAAGUAAAAUUUCUGUAAAUUCCUCUAAAAUACUAACUGUAUCAUAUGGUGCUUCAUUUGUUCAAAAGGUGUACAUGUAAAUAGGAACUGUAUAUAUUGUAAUAUAACUUAACCAAGUAAA